GCAGUACUGACAAAUAGUCAUGUUGGGAAAACUUGUGGAUUUACUUUUAUUAUUUGUCAGUGCAGGAGAACCUUUACUGAAAACACAUGGCAGCUGAGAGAAACCAGUGAUGUGUUUCAUCGUUAUUGCUGUGUACUUGAUCCUCCUCAUCCCUCAUGCCCUAGCCCUGUGGGCCUGUACACGUGCAUGCCCUCCUAGUUGCAUCUGUACUCAGGAGAAGAGCUGCAGUGUCCUCUGUGACCAUGUCAACAUGGUGGACCUGCCCAAAGAAUUCCCCUGUGAGGCAUCCUCCAUAAACCUGGACAAGAACAGCCUCAAGUUCUUGUCUGAGCGGGCGUUUGGCACUCUGCCUUCCCUCAAGUCACUCUCACUUGACCACAACAACAUCUCUUUCAUCACACCAGGUGCAUUCAAAGGGCUUCCCAACUUGGUGGAGCUCAAAAUGGCCCACAAUGAUUACAUCCGUUAUCUGCAUACCCGCAUCUUCACAUCACUCAAACGAUUGGUUCGUUUGGACCUUUCUGACUGCAACCUUUUCAACAUGCCAGACCGCAUCUUCCUUGAGCAAAUUUCUCUAAAGGAACUGCUGUGCUUUCAAAACAACUUCCGCCGCAUUCCUGGUGCUAUACGAGGGAUGGAAAACCUCACACACGUCUACUUGGAGCGCAACAAGAUUGAAGCAGUGGCCUACAACUCUUUGCUAGGCCUAACCAACCUCAAAUACCUUAACUUGCAGGAGAAUCGCAUAAAUGUUAUCCAUGAUGAAGCCUUCAAAGAUCUAGUGCGCCUGGAGAACUUUUACUUGAAUGAUAAUUUGUUGGUUGACUUACCCCAGCAGGCUUUCAAGGGCCUAAGCAAUCUGAAAAUGUUGAACCUGGGAGGAAACCUACUGACCAAUGUCUCCAAAACAUGGUUCAGUGACCUGGUAGAGCUGGAAAUACUCUACCUGGAUCGAAACCGCCUGUCCUAUAUCGAGGAGGGUUCCUUUGAGAACUUGACAAGCCUCAUGACGCUGCACCUCAACAGCAACAAUCUGUCAACUUUACCCUUUUCAGUCUUUCAGCCCAUCUAUUUCAUCGGGCGCCUGUAUCUCUUUCGAAACCCCUGGGAGUGUAGCUGUGAUCUGGUGUGGCUGAGAGAGUGGAUGGAGAGUUAUAAGCUAGUGAGAGACAUUCCAUGUGCAUCCCCUUCCUCGGUAGCUGGCUUGGAUCUGAGUGAGGUGGUCUACGCCCAUCUGAACGACACUUGUCUGGAUCCACCAGAGCUCAACCUGACCACAGCUCUUCCUGACUAUCCAACCACCGAGAACAAGUUCAACAGCCUAAUUUCCAAACUGCUUCACCAGGAGUUCAGAGAAGAGAUGAUUAACUCAACGGACAGCCUGAGGAAUGGCACCCAGCAGGAUCAAGCUGAGAGUCAGGUUUCUUCUGGAUAUGGACUGUUCAGUGCUCCUUAUACUACGCUUCUUUUAUUUCUCUUUCAAGCCCAGAUUGGCUUUCUAUCUGACAGCAUUAAUGUCUCUUGAGAGUCAGGUGAAUACCAAAAGGGAUGAAAGGCAUUCAAGAAUGGGAAAAUGUUGUGGAUUUAAGGCUGUGCUGAAAUGUUAGAUGAUCUUGCCUUGAGUGGUGGGUUUUCUCAUCCUGAAAAUGAAAUUCUGGAAUAUUUAAUUAAAUUGAUGAUGAUCGUGUCUACGUGAAUCUCUUUAAAUGAAUGUAAACACUUCCAUGAAUUCAAGAAAAAACUAAACAAACACAAAAGAGCAUGUUGUAAGCCAAUGAGACUAGAAGACUUCCUUGUGUUGCCAACAUGGGAUGAUCCAUUUCGUUAAAGGAUCAUGGAGGGGCAUUUUAAGCACUUUGUGUGUACUGCAACAUUUUAUACCAUUCUUUGUUCAAAUGAGAAACAAUCUACUGUACAUUUUGUCAAGCACUCUUGGCAGUACACAU